UAUGAGGGGUCGCGGUCGAGGAUCAGGCACAGGCCGAGGAUCAGCCUCAGGCCGAGGACGCGGACGGGGAUCAGACCCUGUUCCUGGCGAUGACAACGCUGCUCAGCAGCAGCAGUUAGAGGCUGGAGCACCUGUUCAGCCUCGGCAGCAGCGUGAGCCUGGCGAGCCCCCGGCUGUUCUGGACGACCGGGGUAGGGCGAGGGUUCACCCGGACCCUAGCAGGACGAUGUUGAUCGACUCUGGGCCUGUUUCACGGGCUAUGCGGGAGAUAUUUAGGAAGUGCUGGUUCGAUAAUGGAACAGCAUGGCGCUUUCUAACAGUCGAGCAGAGGGAGUUCUACUUCCAGGAGUUCCAGAAAGAGUUCUGGUGGGAUAGUGCGGCGUACAGCGAGGAGGUCAUUAGACAGGUCUUCAUGGUCCAUGCAGCCAACCGCUACAAAGACAACAUCCACAGAAUGAGGAGGACGCAACAGAAGCAUAUUUCUGUGACCCAGGACAUCUGGGAUGCUUGGAACGUGUUCUGGAACUCAGAGAAAGAGAAGAAAAGGUCAUAA